UACAGGGAGUGGGUGAAGGCGCUGAGUCCCUCGGGCACGGCGGUGAGCCCUCUCCCGGAGCAAUCAACUCCCCCGUCCCCAUCGCAGUUGCAGGAAGCCGGGCAUGGAGGAGGGGAAGCUCCUCCGCUGGGCCCGGCCCAGCUCCCGAAGCCCCAGGCGAAGAAGCCGAGCAGAGCCAGGCAGCACAUCACGAGACCCUUCCUCGUCGCAAGACCUGCCAAAGGGUCGCUCGGGCGCCCCAGGCAGCCGCCUAACAGCGGUCCCCUUAAGGGGGAAAGGGCCAAGCCCUCUCUCUCGAGCUCUCUCCUCCCCUUUCGCCGGGCCCUUCGGCGGAGCGGAGCCCUUGUUAUCGCGGCCGACUGGCCGCCUCGCUUCCCACCUCAGCUCUAAGCGUCAGCAAAACCGAGUCCCCUUUCCUUUCCCCUCCUUCGCCACCGCUGCCUCCCGUCAGCAAAAUGCCCCCGCGCGAAGAGCCGACGCUUCAGCGCCUUUCCUUCUUCCCGGCUCCAUGGAAAGGCGGCAGCUCGUCGUCAAUCAUCUCACACGAGCAGGGUUGCCUCCAUUUUGUGAUUCGCACUCUGGGCAGGACAACUUGACUCAGCCACCAUCCCUCUUCACCUCCGUUCCCAUGGCUGACGACAUGGAGGCAAACAGCGGCACAGCAGGGGGAAUCCCAGUCACCAUGGAAACCUUGUAUGCUGAAAUCCAGAAUCUCCAAGCUGUCACCCAAAAUCUGCAAGUUGAGAAUCAGAAUCUCUGAGCCCUGAUCGCCCAGAGAACUGCAGCACAGCCCAUCGCAGCGCCACCUCCAGUCAAGUCUCCCGUGGGGCUACCUUCCCGUUUCAGUGGCCAGAGUGACCAGUUCACCACAUUCCUAGCCCAGUGCGAAUUGUACAUUUGUGUACACUAAGCUGAGUUUCCGACUGAUGAUGUGAAGGUGGCGUUCAUCAUUAGUCUCGUAGAAGGAGAGGCGGCCAAAUGGGCCACCCCGUAUCUGAUUAGAAACACCCCUGUUUUGCAGCAGUACACCACUUUCACAAAUGUCAUGUCAGAAAUGUUCCGCGAUCCUCAACGACAGUGGCUCAUCAACUGGGAACCUUGAAGCAAGGAAAGAGUUCCAUAGAGGCGUACACCAAUGUGUGAUUACGACGACUCGGCCCUGAUGUAUUUUUACAGAACUGGACUUAGUUCGGAAGUACUGGAUGAGCUGGCAUGCACCACUCCUCCAGCCACCCUGAAGGACCUGAUUCAGUUGUGUUUGCAAAUAGACAGUCGGCUCGAAGGUAGCCGGUUGGAGCAUAGAGUGGAGACUUCCCAUUCCCAGGCACAGUUACCUCUCCCCCGCGUGCGCUACCCACCUAGCGUGGGAACCUUGACUCUGCCAUGGUAGGAGCCUAUGCAAAUUGGCAAGGCCAGUCUGUUGGAGGAGGAGAGAAAGAAGCCCAGAAAGGAGGGACUCUGUCUAUAUUGCGGAAAGGCGGGGCACCUGGCCCGAGGCUGCCCUGCCAAGGUAAGAAAGCCCCGGGUGCCAGAAAACUCCAAAUCCCAGCUCUCGUAGAGGCCAAAGAGUUGGGAGGCAAUGUGACAAGUUGGCCUCCACAGCAACCCCUUCCGUCCCAAGGCGCUCUGCUUCUGCCUGUCCGACUAACUCUGUUCUCGGGGCACAGCUUUCAAGCAAAGGCUAUGAUGGACAGUGGGGCCUCAUUGAGUUUCAUGGACAGUGACUUUGCUCGAGAGCAUGACAUACAGAUCCGAGAUCUGGCACAGCCUCUGUCUGUUGAAACCAUAAAUGGGAGGCCUUUAAAGUUGGGGAAGAUGACCCAAGCAAUGGGGAAAUUAGAUGUGGAGAUCCCUGGGCACCAGGAAGAACUGUCAUUCUAUGUGGCGGCGUUGCCCAUUUCCUUGUGGUGUUGGGAAUGCCUUGGUUGGUCCAACACAACCAGACCAUUUUCUGGGAUGAGGCAGUGGUGGUGUUCACUUCAAAGUAUUGUCAUCAGAACUGCCAGCCGUCAAAGAGGCUGGGACCGGAGGUGGUGGCUGGAGUUCUUCCUCAGGAGAAAGUGUCUUUACCUGUAAAUUAUGAGGAGUUUCAAGAUGUGUUUCGCAAGAAGGAGGCGGAUCAACUGCUGCCUCACCGCCCUUACGACUGUGUGAGGCGUCCUUCCCUGGCUCUCCCUGUCAGGUUCCUACCUGCUCGUGGUUACUGCCUGUCUCUAGGCACCACCAGGGACUCCACCAGUCCGGACUGCUCUCUCUUAUGAUUUCUCUCCCCGCUCUAGCACAGAUCUCAACAGAUCCCCCUGCUAGGCAACCACCAGUAACGUCCCAAUACUAGUAUUCCCAGAGACUCUGAAUACUGGUAUUGUUAUUCUCUUCACCGCUGCCACCAUUUGUUACAGUUCCCCUUCAGCCUUGGACAUUACCUUACCCUCCCUUCUGGUCUGUGAAACCCCAGCCAAGGAUCAGGCCUUUGGUAAACCAAAUUAAGUAUUUAUUACAGAUGACAAAGCUAACAAGAUUAACAAGAUUUCUUCUUAAGGCACAUAAGCAUAUGGUUUUACUCAAUACUAAUCCGAACUCCACCUCCCUCCUGGUAAACAACUCUCUCAAACCCCACCAAGCAAUCCACUCUUUCUCUUCUCCCCCCCAGAUUCCACAAUUCACCACCUCACAUUUCACCCAGAUUUACCUGUCAUCCUUUCAUUUAUACUGUCAGCCAUUUUAAACAUUCAGCCAAUCAUCAAGCAUUCUAUUGCCCAUUCACUCCCCCUCCUCUUUCACUACUUACCAUGUAUACUCUAAACAACCAGCACUUACCAUAUAUACACUAAUAUAUAGGAACAUCACAGACUGCACCAUUAAUUUGAUGCCAGGGGCAUGCAUCCUCGCUGGACGGAUCUACUCCUUGUCAGAACUGGAGUUAGCAGCACUGAGGGAAUUUUUAGAUACCAACCUGAAGAGAGGCUUCAUUCGCCCCUCCCAGUCUUCAGCCAGGGUGCCUUUGCUGUCUGUCAAAAAGAAAAAUGGGGACUUAUGCCCGUGUAAUGGUUACAGAGCGUUAAAUCAAAUCACCAACCCUAACAGCUAUCCCUUGCCGCUCAUCAAGGAGAUGUUGGAGUGACUGCGAUCCGCCAAGAUUUGAGGGGGGCUUAUAACUUGGUGCGGAUGAAGGAAGGAGAUGGGUGGGAAACCACAUUUAAGACAUGCUAUGGACAUUUUGAGUAUUUAGUGAUGCAUUUUGGAUUGUCUGGCGCACCAGGGGUCUUCCAAAAUUUCAUGAACGACAUCUUCAGAGACAAUGUGGAUCAUUUUAUGAUGGUGUAUUUAGAUGAUAUUCUGGUUUAUUCAAAUUCCCCAAAGGAACAUGAGGCUCACAUGCGAGCCAUGUUGAGAAGGCUGCGGGAGCACCGUCUCUACGCCAAGUUGGAAAAAUGUGCUUUUGAUCUGACCACGUUGAACUUUUUGGGAUAUCGCAUUUCACCAGCAGGUGUGGAGAUGGAUCCGGGGAAGGUUCGCUGUGUCCUUACGUGGCAGCCCCCCAAAACCAAGAAGGACCUACAGCAUUUCCUGGGCUUUGCCAAUUACUAUCAUCGCUUCCUGGCCAAUUACUUCGACUUGACAGCACCUCUCACGGAUUGCCUGAAAGGCUCGGGCUCUUUCUGUUGGACGGAAGCCAUACAACAAGCCUUUGAAGAAUUGAAACAGCCUUUUGCUUCAGAGCCCAUCCUAUAGUAUACCGACCCCAUGCGUCCCUUUGUGAUGGAGACAGAUGCGUCGGACGUGGCCAUUGGUGGAGUGCUUUUACAACCAGUACAGAGAGGGAGGGGUUGAGACCCUGUGCCUACUUCUCACAGAAAUUGACUGAUUCGGAGCAAAACUACACUGUGUGGGAAAAAGAACUGCUGGCCAUCUGGGAUGCCUUCGAAACUUGGCAACAUCAUCUAGAGGGGGUGCAGCAUGAGACUGAGGUGCGAACAGACCAUUGGAACUUAGACAGCCUCCACACCGCCCGCAAGCUCAACCAGCGACAGGUGUGCUGGGCUCAAUUCUUCGACCGCUUUCACUUCAAAAUCCAUUACAUUCCUCAAGCCCAGAACAAGAGGGCAGAUGCCUUGUCCCGUAAGCCAGAGUAUCUGGAAAAUCCCACCCCAAGGGUGCCCCAGUUCAUUAUUCCCCCCGAGAAGACAGUGGCCGGUGCCUGUCAGGAUUCCUGGGUGUCUGAUCUGUGGGCAGCUCAAGAGCAGGACCCCUUUGUCAAAGAAAAGCUCUCUGAAAUAGCCACGCAGCCUGAAGCAGAGCAGGAGGACUUUAAGUGAAAUGAAGGGGUAUUAUCUUACAAGGAUAUCAUCUAUGUGCCUCCAGGAGAGUUGAGAGCCAGGGUGUUGUGUCAGUGCCAUGAUUCUCCCACUGCAGUGCAUUUUGGGAUCUUUGAGACUUUAAAAGCAGUAACUAGAGAGUUUUGGUGGCCUCGGAUGAAGAAGGAAGUGGAGCACUAUGUUUAGUCUUGCCCCACUUGCACAAGGGCUAAACACGCCACGGGACGACCAGCAGGACUUCUGGAACCACUUCCCACCCCGCAGGGCCCCUGGCAGAUGGUUUCCAUAGACUUUGUCACUGACCUCCCUACUUCGCAAGGGAAGAUGGCAGUGUUGGUAGUGAUGGAUGCUUUUACGAAAAUGGCACACUUCAUUCCGUGCUCAGGACUUCCAAGUGCUCAAGAGACGGCCCGACUCUAUGUGCAUCAUGUGUACCGCUUGCACAGACUCCCAGGUAGCCUGGUCUCCGACUGCGGGACGCAAUUCACAGCCCAUUUUUGGUGGGCAAUGUGGCAAAUGCUGCAAAGUGAACUGCGACUCUCCUCUUCCCAUCGUCUGCAGACAGAUGGGCAGACAGAGAGGGUUAAUGCCACGUUAGAGCAAUACCUGCGUUGUUACGUUAACUACCAGCAGGACAACUGGGUGUCUUUCCUGCCCCUGGCUGAGUUCGCUUAUAACAAUGCUGUGCAUGCUCACAUGCAACAGACUCCUUUCUCCUCCAACCUUAGAUAUCAUCCUAGAGCUUUUGCUGCCCCUCGAGCCAUCCCUUCCGUCCCGGCGGUGGCGGAGUUUGUACAAGAGCUUCAAGCAAUGCAAUAACAGCUGAAAGAGCAGUUGGAUCAGGCCAAGGAGGAUUACAAAAGAGCAGCAGAGCAGCAUCGCCAGGAGGGUCGCUCCAUUCAAAUGGGAGACAGAGUGUGGCUGUCUACACACUACUUGCCUAUGCAGGGGCGCUGCCACAAGUUGGAGGAUUGAAGAGUGAGACCCUUUGAAGUGGAGGCACAAAUCAACGCAGUGGCCUUCCGCCUGAAGCUGCCUCCCACCUUAAGAAUACACCCCGUGUUUCACCACUCCCUGCUGACGUUGGAACAUUCCCCUGACCCUCACCGCGCCAGUGAAGCCAACUCCCCCUCACAGUAAAUGGGCAGUAGUAGUACGAAUUAGAACAUAUUCUAACCUCGCAGAAGUGCCAGGGGUGACUCCAAUAUCUAAUACACUGGAAGUGGUAUGAUCUGUCAGAACGUUCUUGGGAAACAGCGGAGAACGUUCAUGCACCAGACUUUGUGAAAGAAUUCCAUGAAGCCUACCCAAGCAAGCCCAGAC